GAGAGGAGCAGAGGAGCGAGGACAGAAGAGAGGAGCAGAGGAGCGAGGACAGAAGAGAGGAGCAGAGGAGAGAGGACAGAAGAGAGGAGCAGAGGAGCCAGGACAGAAGAGAGGAGCAAAGGAGCGAGGACAGAAGAGAGGAGCAGAGGAGCGAGGACAGAAGAGAGGAGCAGAGGAACAGGAAAUGAAUGAAUCAAAGAGGAAGAAGCUUCCUCCCAACAGAGAUGAGCAGAACACAGAUGAGGAGAGUGGAGCAGAGGAGUUUGAAUGGGAGUCAGGAGCAGAGGAGCCGGAAGAGGAGAGAGAUGCUUCAACAUCGUCCUAUGAUGCUGCAUAUUCAUCUUCCAGCAGAAAUUAUCCUCCACUGUCUGGCAAAAAGCGAGCUCCUCCCUCUCCUGUGUACUCACAGUCUACAUGGCCUCCAGUCCUCCACACAGCAGAUAAACACAGACUGAACAAUAUACAAGAAAACCAAGAAGGGAUCAAGUCUGAGUCUGGAGGACGAGAUCAGCAGCAGAUGGCCUCCAAGAAUAACUACAAAUACUACAUACUGGCUCUGAUUGUUGGUGUUGUUAUUGGUAUUGUCGUCGAUCGUCGUCUCCUCUGGCCUUCAGAGGAGGAGGCUCGGUUCAUUAAGAACCUGUCUAACGUGGAGGGAGCUGAGAUGGACAGCGUGAAGCUGAUAUGCCAAGUUUCCAAACCGAGCACCGACGUCACCUGGUCCAAAGGAGACAAGGAGCUGCCGGAUGGAGGACGCUACGACCAGAUCGUAGACGGGAAGAGGAGGAUCCUCCUCAUCCAGAACCUGAAGAUGGACGACGCUGGAGAGUACACCUGCAGGCUGAGUCCCAACAUCACAACCUCUGGAAACCUGAAGAUCACUGAACUGGCUGCUGAGUUCAUCUCCAAGCCUCACAACCAGGAAGUGGUGGAGGGCGAGAAGGCGGAGUUCACCUGCUCCAUCUCCAAGGAGAGCUACCAGGUCCGAUGGAUGAAGGACGACAAGGAGCUGGAGGACGGAGACAAGUACCAGAUAAUCAGCGACGGGAAGAGACGAAUGCUGGUCAUCAAGAACUGUGAACCUAAAGAUGAGGGAGGAUACGUGGUGAUGAUUGGACCCAACAGAGCCAGUGUCAACCUCACUGUUGAGGAUGAGGCUCGGUUCAUCAAGAACCUGUCUGACGUGGAGGGAGCUGAGAUGGACAGCGUGAAGCUGAUAUGCCACGUGUACAAACCCAGCGCUGACGUCACCUGGUUCAAAGGAGACGAGGAGCUGCCAGACGGAGGACGCUACGAUCAGAUCGUAGACAGGAAGAGGAGGAUCCUCCUCAUCCAGAACCUGAAGAUGGACGAUGCUGGAGAGUACACCUGCAGGCUGAGUCCCAACAUCACAACCUCUGGAAACCUGAAGAUCACUGAACUGGCUGCUGAGUUCAUCUCCAAGCCUCACAACCAGGAAGUGGUGGAGAGCGAGAAGGCGGAGUUCACCUGCUCCAUCUCCAAGGAGAGCUACCAGGUCCGAUGGAUGAAGGACGACAAGGAGCUGGAGGACGGAGACAAGUACCAGAUAAUCAGCGACGGGAAGAGACGAAUGCUGGUCAUCAAGGACUGUGAACCUAAAGAUGAGGGAGGAUACGUGGUGAUGAUUGGACCCAACAGAGCCAGUGUCAACCUCACUGUUGAGAAGGAGGCUCGGUUCAUUAAGAACCUGUCUAACGUGGAGGGAGCUGAGAUGGACAGCGUGAAGCUGAUAUGCCACGUUUACAAACCCAGCGCUGACGUCACCUGGUUCAAAGGAGACGAGGAGCUGCCAGACGGAGGACGCUACGAUCAGAUCGUAGACGGGAAGAGGAGGAUCCUCCUCAUCCAGAACCUGAAGAUGGACGAUGCUGGAGAGUACACCUGCAGGCUGAGUCCCAGCAUCACAACCUCUGGAAACCUGAAGAUCACUGAACUGGCUGCUGAGUUAAUCUACAAGCCUCACAACCAGGAAGUGGUGGAGGGCAAGAAGGCGGAGUUCACCUGCUCCAUCUCCAAGGAGAGCUACCAGGUCCGAUGGAUGAAGGACGACAAGGAGCUGGAGGACGGAGACAAGUACCAGAUAAUCAGCGACGGGAAGAGACGAAUGCUGGUCAUCAAGGACUGUGAACCUAAAGAUGAGGGAGGAUACGUGGUGAUGAUUGGACCCAACAGAGCCAGUGUCAACCUCACUGUUGAGAAGGAGGCUCGGUUCAUUAAGAACCUGUCUAACGUGGAGGGAGCUGAGAUGGACAGCGUGAAGCUGAUAUGCCACGUUUACAAACCCAGCGCUGACGUCCGCUGGUUCAAAGGAGACGAGGAGCUGCCCGAUGGUGGAAGCUACGAGCAGAUCGUAGACGGGAAGAGGAGGAUCCUCCUCAUCCAGAACCUGAAGAUGGACGAUGCUGGAGAGUACACCUGCAGGCUGAGUCCCAGCAUCACAACCUCUGGAAACCUGAAGAUCACUGAACUGGCUGCUGAGUUAAUCUACAAGCCUCACAACCAGGAAGUGGUGGAGGGCGAGAAGGCGGAGUUCACCUGCUCCAUCUCCAAGGAGAGCUACCAGGUCCGAUGGAUGAAGGACGACAAGGAGCUGGAGGACGGAGACAAGUACCAGAUAAUCAGCGACGGGAAGAGACGAAUGCUGGUCAUCAAGGACUGUGAACCUAAAGAUGAGGGAGGAUACGUGGUGAUGAUUGGACCCAACAGAGCCAGUGUCAACCUCACUGUUGAGAAGGAGGCUCGGUUCAUUAAGAACCUGUCUAACGUGGAGGGAGCUGAGAUGGACAGCGUGAAGCUGAUAUGCCACGUUUACAAACCCAGCGCUGACGUCACCUGGUUCAAAGGAGACGAGAAGCUGCCAGACGGAGGACGCUACGAUCAGAUCGUAGACGGGAAGAGGAGGAUCCUCCUCAUCCAGAACCUGAAGAUGGACGAUGCUGGAGAGUACACCUGCAGGCUGAGUCCCAACAUCACAACCUCUGGAAACCUGAAGAUCACUGAACUGGCUGCUGAGUUAAUCUACAAGCCUCACAACCAGGAAGUGGUGGAGGGCGAGAAGGCGGAGUUCACCUGCUCCAUCUCCAAGGAGAGCUACCAGGUCCGAUGGAUGAAGGACGACAAGGAGCUGGAGGACGGAGACAAGUACCAGAUAAUCAGCGACGGGAAGAGACGAAUGCUGGUCAUCAAGGACUGUGAACCUAAAGAUGAGGGAGGAUACGUGGUGAUGAUUGGACCCAACAGAGCCAGUGUCAACCUCACUGUUGAGAAGGAGGCUCGGUUCAUUAAGAACCUGUCUAACGUGGAGGGAGCUGAGAUGGACAGCGUGAAGCUGAUAUGCCACGUUUACAAACCCAGCGCUGACGUCCGCUGGUUCAAAGGAGACGAGGAGCUGCCCGAUGGUGGAAGCUACGAGCAGAUCGUAGACGGGAAGAGGAGGAUCCUCCUCAUCCAGAACCUGAAGAUGGACGAUGCUGGAGAGUACACCUGCAGGCUGAGUCCCAGCAUCACAACCUCUGGAAACCUGAAGAUCACUGAACUGGCUGCUGAGUUCAUCUCCAAGCCUCACAACCAGGAAGUGGUAGAGGGCGAGAAGGCGGAGUUCACCUGCUCCAUCUCCAAGGAGAGCUACCAGGUCCGAUGGAUGAAGGACGACAAGGAGCUGGAGGACGGAGACAAGUACCAGAUAAUCAGCGACAGGAAGAGACGAAUGCUGGUCAUCAAGGACUGUGAGCCUAAAGAUGAGGGAGGAUACGUGGUGAUGAUUGGACCCAACAGAGCCAGUGUCAACCUCACUGUUGAGGCGGCUCGGUUCAUUAAGAACCUGUCUGACGUGGAGGGAGCUGAGAUGGACAGCGUGAAGCUGAUAUGCCACGUUUACAAACCCAGCGCUGACGUCCGCUGGUUCAAAGGAGACAAGGAGCUGCCGGAGGGAGGACGCUACGACCAGAUGGUGGACGGAAAGAGGAGGAUCCUCCUCAUCCAGAACCUGAAGAUGGACGAUGCUGGAGAGUACACCUGCAAGCUGAGUCCCAACAUCACCACCUCUGGAAACCUGAAGAUUAAUGAACUGGCUGCUGAGUUCAUCUCCAAGCCUCACAACCAGGAAGUGGUGGAGGGCGAACAGGCGGCAUUCACCUGUUUCAUCUCCAAGGAGAGCUGCCAGGUCAAAUGGAUGAAAGAUGAAAAGAAGCUGGAGGACGGAGACAAGUACCAGAUGAUCAGUGACGGGAAGAGACGAACGCUGGUCAUCAAGAACUGUGAGCCUAAAGAUGAGGGAGGAUACGUGAUGAUGAUCGGACCGAACGGAGCCAGUGUCAACCUCACUGUUGGUAAGAGAAGCAGCUGAUGAACCUUAACAACAUUUAGUCAUUGUGAGUGGAGAACAUCUGUACCAAUCAAACCUGCCG